CCAUGGACAUGUUUCACACACGCUUCAAGCAGGAGGGCGUCCUGAACAGCAAGGAUGCCAGUCAUGCCACCAGAAGUUAAGAGAGUUGGGAAAGAACCUCCCCUUGUGUCAGAAGCUCUGCUGGCUCAGGAACCCUCAUUUUCCCAGGAGGAGAGAAUGGCUUCUGGGUACCUGCCCCCCUGGUCUCAGGAAUCAGUGACCUUCAAGGAUGUGGCCAUGGACUUCUCUCAAGAGGAAUGGGAGCUCCUGGACCCUGCUCAGAGGAACCUGUACAGAGAGGUGAUGUUGGAGAACUAUAGGAACCUUGUCUCCCUGGAUAGCAGUCUCUUCCUCCAAAAAAAAUAUUUUUCCCUCCAAUGUAUUUCAGAUUGGGAGACUAAACUGAAAAACCAAGAAUCAACUUCUAAGAAGGUGGUUUUGGGGGAAGAACCAACUAGUGGUAUGAGUAUAAGGCUUACAAUAGAAGACUGGGGAAGUGUUCAGUGCAAGGAGAACCAUGAUGACCCCCAGGGGCUUUUGAGGCAAAUGGCAUCCAUCCAAGUAAAGACAAUUGCUCAGGAAGAAGCAACGACAUGGUGUGGAUUUGGAGAUGUUAGUAAUCUUAGCUCAGACCUUAUUAUAUCGCAGGGAAGCUCUUUAGAAAAAUGCAUCAGUACCAGUGAGCUAGAUGUCAAGAACUUGGCAUCUGAUUUAAUCUUAAACUGCCAUCAGAUGCAAUAUGCAGAUCAGAUACCCUGUGAAAGUAAUGAAUUUGGAAAUUCCCUCAGCCAAAAUGGUCAACUUAUUCAACAUGAAAGAAUUCAAACAGGAGAUAUGACAUCCAUAUAUGUGGAAAAUGGAAAAUCAGUGAAUCAUAGUGUGGCUCUUACUGUACACAACAAAAUUAAUAUAGCAGAGAAACCCUUUGAAUGUCACCAGUGUGGGAAGGUGUUUAACAGGAGACAUUCUUUGAGUGAACAUCAGAGAAUUCAUACAGGAGAGAAACCAUAUGAGUGUCAGGAAUGUAGGAGAGCCUUCACACACAGCUCUACCCUUACUCGCCAUCUGAGGACUCAUACUGGAGAGAGGCCCUACAGAUGCAAUGAAUGUGGUAAAGCCUUCAACAGGAUUUCAUCUCUGACUCAACAUCAGAGGAUUCACACAGGGGAAAAGCCCUAUAAAUGCAAAGACUGUGGAAAAUCCUUCUGCCAAAGCUCUUACCUGAUUUUGCACAAAAGAACACACACGGGAGAGAAGCCCUAUGAAUGCAAUGAAUGUGGAAAAGCCUUUAGCGAUCGUUCCUCUCUCAACCAGCAUGAGCGAACUCACACUGGGGAGAACCCCUAUGAAUGUAACCAGUGUGGAAGAGCCUUCAGCCAGAGAUCUUCCCUCGUGAGGCACAAGAGGACUCACACUGGAGAGAAACCUUAUAGCUGUAACGAAUGUGGGAAAGCAUUCAGCCAGAGCUCCUCCCUUAUGACACAUCAGAAAACUCACACUAGCCAGAAAACCUAUAGAAUAAUAGACUGUGGGAAAGUGUUUUAUCAGAGCAGCCACCUUAUUGGAUUUUAGUGAUUGCAUGCUGCCUUGUAAAGUGCCCUUAGCACUCUGACACUUAAAUGUGGUUAGACUUUGCCCUGGUGUGAUAGGUGUAGGUUCAUAUCAUAUUCUUACAAGAAAGUUCUGAGGUCUAGAACUGAGAAAUCACCAUUAAGCUAUACCAAAUGAGCUCCAUUCGCUUAGAAAAGAUUGCUUAGUGGGAAUGCUAACAUAGAAUGGGAUUUUUCUAAGAAAUCACAUGUUAGACUCAGCACCUGUAGCUCAAG